AUGGCGGCGUGGGCGCCACCGUGGCGCGGUGGGCGCAGUGGGAAAAGCAAGUGGUCCUGCAGCUGUGGGACAGAGGACAACUACGCGACGAGGAAGCACUGCCGUGGGUGUGGGGCUAAAGCACCACGGCGGCCGAUCACCUUCAAAGAAGCGCUGCUGGGCCCGACCAAGCGGGAGGUGGCCAUGCAGAAGAAGCUGGACGCGCGCACGCAGGAGCUCACGGCGCUCAGGGGCAGCGGCAAGGUCGGCAAGGAAGAGACUGUGGACGGGGCGAAGGAAGCACAGCAGGUCGACCUGGCGAGGCACUACAAGUGGGCGCAGGCGUGCAAGAGCGAGUGGGGGGAGAACUCGGAGGAGUACAAGGCAGCUUUUGCGAAGUACCAGGCGGCCAGGGCGGAGAAGGACAAUGCCAAGCCGCCCUCCGUGCAACUCACGCAGGCGAAGCACGCCAGGGAGAAGUUGGAGAAGGAGGUUGAGGCGAGCGCAAACGACGCCAGCUGGUACGAGCAGCAGCUGGAGGAGGCGCGAGCCAAGUACGAAAAGAAAAAGGAGCAGCUGCAGAUCGCGAAGGCCAAGGAGCAGGAGCUCAGGGUGCAGGAAUGCGGAGUCCGUGGGUCGCCAGAGUUCCUCAAGGCCAUGCAGAGGCAGCUCGAGGAUGCGAUCGACGGCAGCGGAGUCACCAAGGAGGAGCACCAGCAGGUGUUCGACCCGCUCGGCAAGGUCAUGGCCAAUGCGAAGCAGGAGGACGUGGACAUGGCUGCUGCAGUCGGGGCGCAGGAGCACCAGAAGUACCAGGAGAAGCACUACCCGAGGAAGCAGAACUCCCAGAGCUCACUGCUGAAGAGCAGGAAUGGCUCAGGGCAGGAGAAUCACCUGAACACGGACAAGCUUGCGGUGGUCACGCAGAGCAUGAAGGCUGAAGGUUACCUCGUGGGUGGCUCUGCGGCGGUGGCCGCAACGGGAGCCAACGGCGAGCCAGGCACGUCGGCGGGCGUGGCUGUUGCGGUGCCGAAGCGAGUUGGGAUGAGUUGCCUUUUCGGCAAGGUAUUGUGCUUGCCCCCUGUGUACCUGUGGACAGUGGACGGCAUGACGUACAGGAACACGCAGCUGACCAAGCAUGUGAUUGGAAAGUUGAAGAGUUUGGGUGUCCCGUGGGUCAUCGGGGGCGAUUUCCAGGUGGCGCCAGAGGCUAUGGCGAACGUGAGGAGCGUUCAAGUUGCGAAGGCCACAGUGGUCACGGCUAACGCAGCGUGCGGAACCUGCAGACACGCGCAUGGCAACAGCGAGAUCGAUUAUUUCGUGGUGGCAAACUCGGUGAUUGCGCAGGUGGGGCGCGUCGCGGUGCAGGAGACGCGGCCUGCAGCACCACGUAGACCAGUGAGGCUCACGACGAAGCUGAAGGCGGAGCAGCUCAGGGUGAGGGUGCUCGAGAAGCCCAGGGAGCUGCCAGAGGUGCCGAUCGGGCGCGUGCCCGCGCCACCGAGACAUGCGGACGUGAAGGAGUUUAGCACGCAGAUGGCUGCGAACACCAAGUGGGCCAAGUACAUGCAGGUGCUGAAAAGGGAGGCUUUCCAGGUGCGAGGCAUGAAGUGGGAGGCGAGUGACCCGCGCGCAGGCAGGGCGGAAGAGCCCACGUGGCGCGUCAAGCCCCUGACCUUCGGGGGUGCAAACGUACCGACAGCGGCUAGGGCAGCGACCUGGUGGAGAUGGGCUGCGCGGACCUUGCGCAGCUUGCAGGGCGCGCACCAGCGGUGGCGGAAGGCAAGGGAGAGGGGCCCUGACGAGUACCAGAAGCGGAAGAGCGAGGCAGUCGAUCAGCAGCUGAUCAAGGACGGGAAGGCCAAGUGGGCUGACACGCUGGAAGCCGCGGCAGCAGGUGCGGCAGGAAGGCUUCGCAAGAUGAGCAAGGCAGUUGCGGCGUGGAGGCCUAGGCGCACAGGUACGAUGGCCAAGGCAGCGGACACCAUGGAGGCGGCGGAGUUCACCUUAGCCGAGUGGAAGAACUUUUGGCGGGUUGGCGAGGUCUUCCAGGAGGGGCCAGGGCCCUGGGUGUACGAUCCCAGGGAUGAGCUGGAUGACUACACCGAGGAGGACGUCAGCAGGCUAAAGAUGGUGGCCCGCACCAUCAGGACCCGCACAGGUAUCGGGGUGGACCGCUGGCACCCGUCGAUGCUGCAGGGAGCGAGUGGCGAGGCGUACCACAAGCUGCUGGACGUAAUGCGGGAGGUGGAGCGCGCGCUGAGGUGGCCGAUCCACAUGGGCACGGUGCUGUUCUUCAUUACCCCGAAAACCUUCACGACAUAUAGGGUUAUAGGGUUCCUGCCCGCCACCAUGCGUAUAUGGGAGAUCACGCGGGAGCCAUACAUGACUAGGUGGGCGAAGGAGAACCAGAUGAGCCAGGACUGCACCAGCUUCGGCAAGGCAGCGGAGGAUCAGGGCGAGGAGCUGGAGGCCACGAUCACGGCGGUAUUGGACCUGAUCAAGGCCUUCGAGCGGGUUAGCUUGUUUGUCUUAUGGGAGGCGGGCAAGCAGCUGAAAUUCAACACGGGGGUGUUGGCAGUGGUGUGCUCGUAUGUUGCGAUGGCCAGAAGGCUGAUUGUCGGGGAAUCUGUCUCCAGCGCCACCGGCGCGGUGGGCGCGAUCAUAGCAGGAAGUAAGUUUUCAGUGUGCUUCCUGAAGCUGGUCAUCCAGUCCACGGUGGACGGCCUAGUGGUGGGGGGGCCGCGGGCGAAAUGGCGUAUGUAUGUGGACGAUCUUUGUGUGCGGCUACGCCAGCAGCAACAGUGCACCGUGCAUGACUUCAGCGACGCCAUUGACGCCUGCUUCGAGGGCUUCGGCAAGCUGGGCCUGAAGUUCUCGGUGGGCACCCAGGGCAAAGGGGCCGUUCUGGCCAGUACCAAGUGGGUGCGCAAGGCGGCGGCGAAGGAGAUGAACGCGCGUGGGCUGCCCGUGGUGCGAGCAUGCCCGUACCUGGGCGUCGACCUCAUCGCGAACGGCACGGCAGCGAAGACCAAGUGCGGCAAGCGAUGCAAUACCAUGCUGGACAGAAGUCGGCGGCCCGCGAACCUCAAGGGCGGCGGCCGCAAGAUGGCGAAGGGCACGGCUUUGGUCUUUAAGUGUGGCCUUAAGCGCUCGGUCCUGCACGGGUGCAAGUGCUUGGGCAUGCCAGACCAUCAACUACGACGAACUCGGCGAGAAGCGGGACAAGCACUACCAGGAGGGCGUGGAGCCAAGACCAUCACGCUGCAGCUGGCGCUGGCGAACGAGGGGCCCACCUACGGGGCCACCGAGGCGCCCAUCGUCCGAUGGGCAAGGGCAGUACGGGAGGAAUCGUCAAGCGCUGGACGGCCAGGGGCGGAUCCCGAGCACGCCUUCGGCAAUGCAGUGGAAUUAUUGAUGAAGGCGUGGAAGCGCCUGCAGCAAGGGGUAGGCAUGAAGCCCAUGUGGGCCAGGGUACGUGGGCCUGCGGGCGCGGUGGUCAUGUCGCUCAAGCGUGCGCAGUGGGCGUGGCCAGCCUGGCAUGCGGUUAUCACCAAGGACGGUUACGAGCUAGACAUGAGGGAAGUGUGCCCCAUGGGUGUCGCGGCGAUGCGGCGGAAGGACGCGCAGCAGAAGCUGUGGCAGGACUGGACGGCGGCGGACGAGUGCGCAAGCCUACGGCCAGCGCCGAUGGUCGCCCCAGCGGUGGCGCAGCUGAAGGCGCGGGACUUCCCGAAGCACGCCAAUAAUGCAGCGAGGAAGGCCUUCAUCGGCGGGAGCUGGACCAUGAGCAAGCUUUGCGAGUGCAACACCGUGCCAGAGGACAUCUGCUUGGCGCGCGGGGAGGCGGUGGGCACCCCGCACCACAGGCAUUUCAAAUGCCAGGCCUUGAGGGAGCGGCGCUUGCGGGCGCAACCUGAGUGGCAGACGGGCCAGUACAUGUGCCAGACUGUCGAGGGCGAUGGAGACUAUUUCACAGGCGACAUCGUGUGCGAUGGGUCCAAGAUAGGCUACAGUGAGUGGGCGCAGACGGGCUGGGCGGCCACGUCGAUCAACGAGAACGGGAUGCCGAAGUACCAGAUGUGGGGGCCGCUGCCGUGCACGCCCCCAGUGCACAUGGAGAUAAAGCGCGCGGAGAUGUCGACUUUCUACCAGGCACUGGAGAGGAAGCCCGGCAAAGGCAACAUCUACACUGAUCACAGGGGCAACAUCGAGGGCCUGCAGAAGGGGGGGAGAUGGUGCAUCAGCUGGAAGCGGCCGCACGCUGACAUCUGGAAGCGCAUCUGGCACAAGGUGCGUGACCUCGACCUGGAUGUGAACGGGGUUUACCACGUCAAGGCUCACAGGUCCAAGGCGAAGAUAGAGCAGCUCACGGGCACGGAGCCCAAGGUCGCGAAAGGCAGUGCGGAGGUGGACCUGCUAGCCAAGGCUGGGGCCGAGCUGGAUGCGAACUACGGGAGGCGCCAGACAGUGGAGGAGCUGGCUGGCCGCGUACACUGGGCGGCGCUGAACAUCGGCUGGUGGCAUCAGCAGAUGGAGGGCGAGUGGCCAGAC